CCAUGUGUCGGGCACGCCACUGAUUGUUGUUGCACCGUGUCACAUGAUGAGGGUCAGGAAAUACCGGAUAUAAACGGCGAUCAUUUCAAAAUGAGAAAUAGGCCUAAGGAACUUGCGAGUAUAAACAGCGGUCAUUUCUGAAUGAGAAAUACCUGAUCGCUCUUAAAGCACCCAACUGACCCUGGCAGUGAUGGAUAACUGGAAUCUAACAGCCACUCCUGCAGUAACGAUGGCUAGCUUUUGGCAGCAGCUGAAAGCCUUGUUAUGGCGGAAUAUUUUACUUAAAAAAAGAAAAAAGUCCAUGCUUUUUCAGGAAUUUUUCUAUCCUGUGUAUUUUGUUGCGAUCCUUGCCAUUGUGAAAAUAGCAACCAAACCAGAUGUAAAGCCAGCCAUGACUUUUCCUGUCAACAACCUUUCAGACCUAUGGUUUAAUUAUGUAUUUCAUUUGAAACAUGACAUCUAUGUUGUACCAAAAACAGCGGAGGUAAAAAACUGGAUGGAUGACAUAGUUAAUCAGCUGUCUGGAAGUUUGAGGUACCAAAUGUUUGCAACUGUAGAAGAGGCUGAGACUGCAUUCAGACACAAUAGCUCCAGUGUUUUAGCUGGAAUUAUUUUCAACUAUAAAAAUAACAAAUACUCGUAUGCCCUGAGGGUUGGCUAUCAUGAUAUCCCUGGUACCAAUAACAUCUACCAUUAUAAAGGAGAUUCCUGUCGCAAUUCUAAAACUGGUACAGACGUAAGCUCUGACUGCCCUGUUAACAACUAUCUAGCCACAGGAUUUGUAACAUUGCAAGUGGCCAUAGAAAAUGUUUUAAUGAAGAAUGCAGGCCUUACAUCCUUUGAUUUUAAAUCACGAGUAAUUCAACUUCAACUCAUGGACAAGGUCAAGUUUAACCCAGACACGAGUUACAUCCAAACCUUAUCCUCCAUCUACUUUGUUUUCUCCUUCUCUAUACUAGCCAACUUUCUGGCUGUAAAUAUUGUGGCAGAGAAGGAAAAGAAAAUCAAAGAAGGAAUGCUAAUGAUGGGCUUGAGAACUUCAGUAUUUUGGUUAUCUUGGGCUCUAAUAUACCUAGUCAUGGUCCUCCUGGCUUCUGCGCUGAUGAUUGCUCUUAUAGUCGGCUGCGAGUUUUUUCAAAGGAGCAACAUGUUCCUUCUAUACCUGGUCUUUUUCUUGUAUGGAUGCUCAAUCAUUGCCCUGGCAUUCAUGUUGACCCCAUUUUUCAAGAAAGCCAAAGUGGCCGGGGUUGUGACAGGUUUCUCCACUGUGAUCAUUAGCUGUUUACACCUGGUUGUCAGCCAAACGAGAGAUCCCAGUAGCUAUGAUUCUAAGCUGUCACCUGGGGUUGAAUGGCUGAUGUGCUUGUUGUCUCCCUUGGCAUUUUCUUCUAUUAUAGAUAAGGGAAUUUUCCUGGACAUUCAAUACAAUGGAUUUGGUUUUGAUGACUCUUUAACUUUUGGAAAAUUUCCUCUCUAUGCCCCUAUCUUGAUGCUCAUUGUGGACACCAUUCUUUAUUCACUGUUAACAGUUUAUUUUGACAACGUUAUUCCAGGUGAAUAUGGAGUGAGAUACUCACCUUUUUACUUCCUCGAGGCCUCCUACUGGUGCUCAUCUACUAUUAAAGAGGAGUCACUCAGACUUAUAAGUGCGUCAGAGAGCAGAUUGGAAAAGUCAGAUGUGGAACCUGUUUCUAAAGAGAUGGAAAUGAAAGUUGGCCUAAGAAUUUCCUCCUUGACCAAAUCCUUUGUGCAGAACAAAAAGACUGUGAAGGCUGUAAAUGAUUUUAGUUUAGACAUAUUUGAAAGUCAAAUUACGUGUCUCUUGGGUCAUAAUGGAGCAGGAAAAACUACUCUUAUUAACAUGUUGACGGGAGUAGUGCCCCCUACAUCAGGAACUGCAACAAUAAUGGGCUUGAACAUUACAGACAAUAAACAACUAGAGUAUAUAAGAAAUCUUUGUGGCAUAUGCCCUCAGCAUAACAUUCUUUAUGAUGAUUUGUCAUGUGCUGAACAUUUAAAGAUGUUUGCCAACAUCAAAGGAGUUCCUGAACAUCUAAUCAACAAACGAAUUGAGUCAGCUUUGAAGGAAGUAGAUUUGUCUGACCAGGCUCACACAUUUGCAAAAAAUCUCAGUGGAGGCCAAAAGAGGAAACUCUCAGUUGCUAUUGCAUUGAUUGGUGAUCCAAAAUUGAUGUUCCUGGAUGAACCAACUGCAGGCAUGGAUCCCUUCUCUCGUAGACACCUUUGGUCUCUUUUAAAAAAGAAAAAAGAAGGCAGAGUUAUUCUUCUGACCACCCACUUUAUGGAUGAGGCAGACAUCUUAUCAGACAGAAAAGCUUUUAUCCGCAAUGGAAAACUACGCUGCUGUGGAUCCUCCAUGUUUUUGAAGAAAAAAUUUGGUAUAGGCUAUCAUCUCACGAUGGUUACAACCCCUGAAUGUCAAGUUGAUGAAGUUACAUCAAUGCUGACUUCUGUAAUACCCAGCACAAAACACCAAAGAACUCAUGGGAAAGAAAUCGCUUACACUAUGUCACUUAACGAUGUGCCUACAUUUUCAACCAUGUUUGAUGUAAUAGACAGAAAUGCUGUGAACUUGGGCAUUGAAGGCUAUGGUGUCUCCAUGACAACAUUAGAAGAGGUCUUCUUAAACCUAGAGUCGGAUGAAUUUAUUGAGCAAGAUGAAGAUGAUAUGGCCCAAGUGAAUCUCAGUUACAACCUGGCUGAAGAUGCCACAGAAGUUAACAUACAAAGCCCUGACAAUAUUGACUUCCAGAACUUCAAACCAACUGUACAAGGUGCUACUUUAUCUUUACAAAGAUUCAAGGCAUUGAUGAAGAUUCGCUUCCUUCUAGUCAUUCGCAGUGUGUAUUCUCUCAUCUUUCAAAUAAUAUUACCUGUGUUGUUUGUGGUCAUUGGUUUGGUCCUGGCAAAAGUGAACAAUGUGACCCCAGCAGAGUACCCCACACCUUUACAACUGAACACAUCACACUAUGCCAGUUCUUUAGGUGACACUACUCACCUACCAGGGCUGUUGGCUUAUGAUGCUGUUGAUUCAGCAAACUCAAAGUAUUUGAUAGAUGACUGGAAAUCAUAUCUAGCAGUUGACAGCUAUCCAGCUAAGACCAAAAAUACAUCAGCUGUGGCACCACAUUUCUUGGGUCUUCAGAUUAACUCUCUCACACAAAAGGCCUUAACCAACUUUGUGAUCAUCUAUAAUGAUACAGCACUGCACAGUAUUCCUGUUGCAAUAAAUUUUGUCACCCACAGCCUUUUGAGAAUGUUCAACAUAUCCACAUAUAUUGAAGGGAAUAGCUUCCCCUGGCCUGAGGUUUCAGCUGCUAUACAGUUUAACAGUGGGGCCAUGGCCUCUGUCUUGAUGGUUGGCUUGGCUUUUAUAUCUGUACUGCCAGGAUUUGCAGGGGAUAUAGUUAAGGACAGAGAGUUGAAGCUAAGAGGACAGCUGCGCAUAGCUGGGGUAACAUUUAACCAAUACUGGGGGACCAUUUACCUGGUGGACAUUUUAAUUUACCUCAUACCUUCAGUUAGUGUACUCAUCAUUGUGUUGGCUAUGCAGGUUCCUGGCUUGAAUUCUGAGGGAGCAAUAGCUGCACUUGUCCUGAUAUUUAUCACCAACAUACCAUUGAACAUUCUACUGGCACUAGUGGUCUCCUUCAUCUUUGAUAAAUCUGAAUCAUGCCACGCAUACCUCUCACAGAUUUUAACUAUGGUUUGUUUGUUGCCUUACCUCACAGUCUCACUUGUUGAUAUGUUAGCACAUAGUGAAGCUGCCACAGUCAUCCAUUACAUCUGUUGUAUUUUUGAUCCUCCGUACACCAUCUUUGGGGGCAUCUACUACAUCAGUCGGAUAUAUUUGAUUGCUACACUGAGCCAACAGGAGGUCUCCACAAGUGAUUACUUCAAGUUUGAAAACCAUGUUGUCAUAACCAUCAUUAUGCCUUUGAUUAAUUUCAUUUGGAUGUACUGGCUGUUGCGUGUAUUGGAUGUCAAAAAAAUGGGAGGAGAUUUCAAGGAAGCUUUUCCAUGCUAUUCUAGUACUGUGAGUUAUACUCCAUUAAGGAACAGGGAUAGCUCUGGAGAUGAGGAUGAAGACAUCAGAGCAGAGAGACUGAGAAUUGAAAGCUUAAAUGCAAAUGCACCCAAGAACACUGCCUCAUCUUUUGGUCUCACACAAAAUAAUGUCAAGCAACCAGUGGCCUACACCUAUGAGCUUAGAAAAGAUUAUGUCAAGAGAACAAACAAAACAAGCCUAUGCAACACAGCCUCCAUGAAAACAAAAACAGCAGUGCGUAACUUGAGCAUUGGUGUGGAUGAAGGGGAGGUCUUGGGUCUGUUGGGACCCAAUGGAGCUGGGAAAACUACAGCUCUCAGUAUGAUCAUUGCAGAGACAAAGCCAACUUGUGGCCAGGUAGUUGUAAAUGGCAACAACAUGAGAUCUAAUGUGUUAUCUGUGCUUGAAUGUUUGGCCUACUGCCCACAACUAGAUGCAUUGUGGGAAACUAUCACACUGGAGGAGCAUCUAAAAUGUUUUGCUGAUAUCAAAGGGCUUUCCCAAACAAAUGUCAGGAAUGUUGUUAACUACUACAUAGAAAACUUAAAGUUGGCAGAGCACCAGAAAAAACAGACUAAAGCAUUAUCAGGAGGGACAAAAAGGAAGUUGAGCUACAUUCUAAGCAUACUUGGAUCACCUCAAUUAGUUUUAUUGGACGAACCAUCAACUGGCAUGGACCCUCAGUCCAAACGAUUUUUGUGGGACACAAUAAGCUCCAGUUUUAAAAACACAAACAGGGGAGCUAUACUGACAACACAUUACAUGGAAGAGGCUGAUGCCCUGUGUGGACGUGUGGGCAUCAUGGUCAACGGCCAGCUUGAAUGCCUGGGCUCUACCCAACACUUAAAGAACAAAUAUGGCAGUGGAUACAUUUUGGAAGUCAAGCUGGAAAAUAACAAUGUAUCAGACAUUGAGUCAAAGAUGGAUGAUCUGGAAAAUCACUUGAAAAUGUUAUUCCCAGGUCUAGAAAAUGUUGAAAGGUUUCAAGAAAGAGCCCAAUAUUCUAUACCCAAAGAUGAUGUGAAAAAUUUAGGCGAAACAUUUAGUCAUCUUGAAAGUUGUAGAUCUACCCAUGGGUUGGAAGAAUACAAUUUCAGCCAAAGUACAUUGGAGCAGGUUUUCCUGUAUUUUGCCAAACUUCAAAUGGAGGAAGAUGAAGUUAACACCUGUGAUAGACCCCGUCGAUUGUCACAUAGAAAUGAGCCAGUCAGUCUUUGACCAGAUAUUGUGCUGAGCCUACACAAAUAUUUUUUUUUUAAUGUUGCUACUUCAUGUAAAAUUUAUAUUUAUUUAUUUAAGUUUCAAAUGAAUGUUGUCCAGUGCCUUUAACUUUGGUCUUUAUUUUAAUUCUUGUAAGCUAUGCAUUAAAUCAUCUAUUUAAAAUCAAAUUAAGGGAACAAGUUUAAACUAAACUUCCCGACCAUUAGUGAUUUACAUUUCAAAUGCUCUUACUUUUGUAAAGUAAUAUUUAAAAACAUUGAAAUCCCAACAAUUAUAUAAUAGUUUUAAUUAUGUAUGUUUAAUAGCUUUAAAAGCUUUGCAUUUCAAUUUUUUUUUAAAUUUUUUAUGUAAUUGCUGUUAUUAUAAUAAUUUUCAUAGUCAUUUUUGACUGCAUUUAAAGCCAGCAUCAUUUUGCCAGUGUGGGUAAUUUUGAUGAUUCACAGGCUACAAAUAGUCCUAGUCUGAUAUUUAUUUAUAUUUGAAAAAUAAUCUUUUUCUUUUUAAAUAUGCCAAAUCACUUAUAACGUAUUUUGUUCACAGAUUUACUGAUUUUAUUUUUACAAUCACUAGUUCAUAUAUACCCGUAUUUAUAUUUAUUGUUUUAAAAAAAUGCUAUUGGCUUCUAUUUUUAUCAGCUGGAGUAUUUGUCAAUUUUUAAAAAGUUUUAGUCUAGAGUUGCUUUUGCAAGUUACCAGGCUUUAAUGCCCUUUCUCACCCCAUGGUUUUUUUUCUUAAAAAGAAGUAAUAGGUUGGAAAAUUUGUGGGGCAGAUUACCUUAUUCUUUAUAAGGAUCCCAUAGUAGGUGGAUCUCAUGUUAUAAGCAAAAUGUCUAAAUACUUAAAUACUGUAAUGUUUAAAUAUUUAGUAAUUAUGACGGUAAUCUAAGUUCAUGUAACUUGAUAUAUUAGC